CUUUUCCAUCGCCGUGCAUCUCGAGCCUCAUCUCAGACGACGUCUCUGGCUAUCCUCCGACAUCCGUUUCGCCCGCAAACGGAUGUCGCUCCUGCCGAUGCUAUGACGGAGGUCGGCCACACCGAUCUAUCGAGGCUGCUUCAAUCCAAGCGAAACGAGUUCAAUGCAAUCGUGACGUCGCGGAAGAGGAAGAUUCGUGAGCUCUUCGCUGUCGCGACUCAGGUCGAUGGCCUACCGCAAGAUGCCUUCGCGAACCCCGACGCGCCGGCAACUACCGCUGCGGAAUGGCAGUUUCUCCAGACCAGCGAAAUAUUGCAAGGAAAGACGUUGAACGAACAGGCUAUCCCAGCACGCCCAUUACUGUCUGUAGAUACGUUGAAACGUUUGCUUGCCAAGUCGAUACAGGAAACAGUUGUGCACUCUCCCGUACCCCCUACUCCGAUCGUUGCAUCUGCGAAAACCAAAGGAGUUGCAUCUGUCCCGACAAACGAUUUGCGACAACCUCUUGGAUUUAUAUCGAACGAGUCGAUCCCUGCGCCUCUCGAAGAGAGCAAUAAGCUCUCAAACAAACUAACGAAACCCACCCUGACGCCAUCUUCCCAAAACACUAACAAUGUCGUACCCCAUCCCGUUGGACCCAAUGUAGCCUUUACGCAGUCCAAGCCCGUUGCUGCACCUUCACCCCUUCCGCCUUCAACGAAAGAGACGAAACACGCUGAGCAUGCGAUUAAUGGAGCGGCGAGUGAGGACGUUCCGUCAGAACGAAGAUCGGCACAGGUUUCUUUCCCUCCAGGGACCAAGGGAUCACCAUCAAGGGAAUCACAUGGCGCUUCCCAAUCGGCGCAGAUUGGACGUAACCAAGAACUCUCUAUCAAGGUUCCCCACGCAGCAUCCAAGAUUCCCGAUGCGCUUUCCUCUCCGGGUUCGACAGCACCGAGCGCAACGACACCCGGGAAUCAUGAUGUCUCAGCGGAUACCAGCCCUGAGCAUGAUGCUCCCCAGUAUAUUGACGAUAGGAUGGAGCGAGAUGUUGAUGAAAAGGAGGAGCAAGGCGAUGAGGUGGAAGAUGCUGCGGGAACUGAGGUGGAGACGGGAGCGAAGCCGGAGCCUGAUGGACCCGAUUCAAAAGCUUCUAGGCUGGAUGAAGAUCAGCUUCUUCAAGACUCUAUUCGGUCGAGUGCUGCGGCUGCAAGCCCAGAGCCCGUAAAGUUUCAGAGUGGACUCCAUGCUGGAGCCGAUGCUAUCAAAUCCGCGCAGGAAGCUAAAUCUGUGACCCAGUCGACUACAGAACCACAAGCGGACUCCAAAGCUUCUUCGACGCCAGCUAUCAAGGCGGCUGACGAAGUACCUGAUAGCCAAGAAGAAACUCCUGAACGAAUGGAUGUGGACCCAGUCCAGGCAACGGGGCCGGAAAAUGCAGAGUUACCUGUGACUCGACCUCCCACUGGCCCUCCUCUGGCUUCUACCAACAGCUCACCCGUCGUUGUUAAACCAACACCACCCAGAGAACCUCCAGCACCCGAGAGAGCGGUUACCAGAGUGUCAUCCGGAGCCAUGAGGUUGAAAUCCGUGUCUGAAAUAGUGGGAGAGAGCCCGCGACCUGCCAGUACAACAGAACGAAACGCAACGAAGGCGCCACAGAACCAGCUUACUCCGGUAACAUCGACACCUCAAUCACCACCCCCAAGACCUAAAAACACAGCCAGGAGAGAAAGGCCAAAGGGCCAUGCUUCUACUGUUCUGUUUGGCAAACAGCCGAAGCAGAUGGAGGAAAAAGCUCUAGUUCCCGGCCAGAAGGAAACAAUCCAGGCAUCUGAUGAUUAUUACACGCCUCUCUUCAUCCAGAAUUUUACAGGCGCUACCAACUGGAUGCAGCCUAUCGAAAAGAUCUUGUUCCACGCAAACAAGACCAUCGCUACCCCUGACGCGUACCUUGCGAUUCAAGACCAUCAGGCAUGCAAGGUUCUGCGUAGGGUCUACCACCUCCAGCAGCACGAUAAAUGGUCUCUGAGACAACCCAAGAGAUGUCCAGAGCCAACUCGCCCGCCGUCUCAUUUGGAUGUGCUAUUUCAGGAGAUGAAAUGGAUGCGGACUGAUUUUCGAGAAGAGAGAAAGUGGAAGAUGGCUGCAGCCAAGAACAUCGCCUAUGCCUGUGCGGAAUGGAUUGAAUCGACUCCUGAAGAGCGCAAAGCAUUGCAAGUCGCCGCAUUCAUUCCUCCGCUGAGGACGGAUGAUGUAGCAAUGGGCGAUGCCGACGCGGACAGCGCCGAGAACCAUCCAACCCCUGAUCUCGUCACGGAAGAUGCAGAUUCACCCCAAAAUUCGGAUCAUCUUGUUGAAGAAGAUUUCCCUGAAACUGUUGCGCCAUCAGCCAUAUUUGCUCUGCAGGAAGAGGAUGUGGUCUUUGCGCUGCGACGGACACCUGCUUCAGAUAAACUGCUGGAGGAGCUGCCAUUGUACGGCGCACCCUUGAAAAUCCCACGGUUCGAGCUCACAGGGCCAGAGUAUGACCCAGAUGCUCAGUGGAAGCGACCUGCUCUGCCUCUAAGCAAGUACGUCGAAGGAGAAAUGAAGCUUCUAUCAGAUGGCCCUCCAAGGAAGCGCAGUCGGUAUAGUUAUCGUGAUGACGAAUCCGAGGAUGAAAAGGAGAGUCCCUUUGAUGCGGAUGCGCUCGCACACAAUGUCAGACUCCCGCCACAAAGCUCUGAGGUUGCCCUAUUCGCCCCAGAGUCGAAGCACAUUCGGGAUCGUCUCCAUGCCGGUCACCAGUUUCGUCCGCCAUCUGAACAUCCUAUGCCUCUGCAGAGCUUUUACGAGUGUCGAAACCCGUCGCAGUGGACUGUGGUCGAGGAUGAUGAGCUUCGAAGCCUGGUUCGAGAAUAUUCGUACAAUUGGUCCCUCAUUUCCAAUCUGCUGUUUACCAAAUCUUUGUUUGCGUCAGGAGCAGAAAGAAGAACGCCGUGGGAGUGCUUCGAACGAUGGAUCAACUUGGAAGGUCUGCCCGCCGAUAUGCAGAAAACGCAAUACUUUAAGGCCUACAACAGUAGGAUUGAGGCUGCUCAGCGCGUCAUUGCCCAGCAAAAUCAGCUGGCGGCACAGCGGGCUUCUCAAGAUGGUGGCGCAGUAACACCGAUACGACGAAGGCAAUCUACACCGCUAAGAGUUGAGAGGCGUCGAAAUCAAAAGCAUCUGACACUCAUUGAUGCCAUGAGGAAGCUGGCGAAGAAAAGAGAGACCACAAUGCAGAAGCAACAGCAUUCUGCGGCCCAGAACGCUGCGAAAAAGGUUAAUGACACAAUGGCUCAACGACCGGUUAAGACACCUCGGGAUUACAGUCUGUUGCGAUGGGAGCGCGACCAGGCUCUGGCAGAAAAGAUGGCGCUAUACGCGCAGCGGCAGGAAGCCCAGAGGAGGGCUACUCUCCAGGCCAGAGCCCAAGCUCAAUCCGCUCAGUUGGCCGCGGCGCCAGGUGCAGCAGCCCCAGCAGUUCAGAAUCCUGGGCUCCCUGCGGCGGUCGCUAACGGCGUCAACGGUGUCGUCAACCGGGCAGCGGUUCCCAAUCAACUUGCUGUUGCGGCAGCAGCGGCUGCGGCAGUGGCGGCGCAGGGUCGAGCACGAAUGCCCAUGCAGGCCCCUGCGAAUGGCAUGGACGGCAUCGCCGCUCAAGCCCAGAUGGGCGGUAAUCUCGCUCCGCCGGCGCAAAUGAGCGGCAUCCCACAAGCUCAGUUGCAGGCUUUGCAAGCGAUGCAAGCCCAGCAUAGGAUGCAGAUGCCCGGUCAGCAGCCUGAUGCCAGCAUGAUGAUGCGUGCACAACGUAUCUCGGAGCAGCAACGGGCUGCGGUUCAAAUUCAGCAUGCACAGCAACAAGGGGCCGUUGUCGGCACUCCGGGUCAACAAGCACAGCAAGCCUCAUCGCCCGCUAUGCGAAGCGGAGUCCCUGCCAUCAGCCAGCAGGCCGCCUUUAUGAAUAAUGCCCAGGCUAUGAUGGCUUCGUUUAACGCUACGGCAGGUCAUGCUUCGGCAGCUGCUAAUGGUCUACACAUGCCGACUCUUGCUAAUGGCGCGUCUCCUGGCCCUCGACUGCCAACACAGAUCCCUCCUACGAUUGCCGUACAGAUUAACUCCUUGGAAGCACAGUUUAGGAGCAAGAAUCCCAACCUUUCACCCGAGCAACUUCGCCACCUUGCUACCGAGCAUUUGACCAGAGCUAUGAUGGCACAGCGACAAAGCGCUAUGAAUGCUGCAGCUGGUGGACAGACUGGCAUUGCGACCAGUAUUACUGCUACGGCCAGCCCUCAUCAGUAUGCCGCCCUACUUAGACAACAACAGCAGCAGCAGCAGGCACAGGCCCAAGCACAAGCCCAACAGGCCCAAGCCCAAGCUCAGGCUCAGGCCCAGGCUCAGCAGCAUCAGCAGCAGGUCCCGCAACAGCAAAGGCCCCAACCACAACCACCACAACAAUCUCAGGCCCAACUUCAAGCUCAGGCUCAGGCUCAAGCCCAGGCCCAGGCUCAAACCCAGCGUCAGGCCAGCGGAAGCGCAACCCCUUCUGCAGGCAAGUAA